CAGAAUGCGCCCAGCUUCUCCCAAGGUCGGCGCAUAUGUGGUGGUCAACGGUAAUUGCCGUGGAAUCAUUGGCGCAACUUUGAUCGGAUGUUGCCUUUCUAUCGCAUGAUGUGAGUAAACGGUGCGGUGGGAGCGUACGGAUGCGAAGUACCCAGGUACCGUGCGAAUGCGAAUACGAAACCGCUCUUGGGGAGCGCCUGAUUGGCCAAUCUGGGCUGCCGUGGCAGGGGCAGAUUACCUACCCAAAAGCCAAUUCGCAUCCCUUUUUCUUGAUGACAUGAACUCUAGAAAAGUUCUUCGCUCCUUCUACUUAAAGGUCGCGAGAUUCUUCUCUUUCUUUCCCCGUGGGCUUUGAUUGUUGGCAUCUCGCACGCGCGCUUGUUGCAUUUCCCAGCAGCCUUGGACACGUUCUUUUUCUCUACUUCUUUUUAAUCUUCCCUCCCCGACAGAAUGGGUUUCCUCCAGGAUGUCGCGGGCCCUCUGCUCGAGGGCUUCUCGACGCUGGGACUUGCAUCGCAAAUCGGUGUCGCGACGGCCGCCUUUGUGGUUGUGGCUGUCGUCCUCAAUGUGCUCAAGCAGGUGCUGUUCAAGAGCCCCAACGAGCCACCGAUGGUGUUCCACUGGUUCCCUAUCAUUGGAAGCACCAUUACCUACGGCAUGGAUCCCCCCAAGUUCUUCCACGAGAACAGAAAGAAGCACGGCGACUGCUUCACCUUCAUCCUUCUCGGCAAGAAGACCACCGUCUACGUCGGCCCCGAGGGCAACAACUUCAUUCUCAACGGCAAGAUUCGCGACGUGAAUGCUGAGGAGAUCUACACCGUUCUCACCACCCCUGUUUUCGGCAAGGAUGUUGUCUACGACUGCCCCAAUGCGAAGCUGAUGGAGCAGAAGAAGUUCAUGAAGAUUGCCCUCACCACCGAAGCUUUCCGCUCCUAUGUCCCCAUCAUCUCCGACGAGGUUACCAGCUACCUCAAGCGUACCCCCGACUUCAAGGGCCAGUCUGGCGUUGUCAACAUCUGCCCCAAGAUGGCUCAGAUCACCAUCUUCACCGCCUCUCACGCGCUCCAGGGCAAGGAGAUCCGCGACCAGUUCGACGAGAAGCUUGCCGACCUCUACCACGACUUGGAUAUGGGCUUUUCUCCCAUCAACUUUAUGCUUCACUGGGCUCCCCUCCCCUGGAACAACCGCCGUGAUCACGCCCAGCGAACUGUCGCCAAGAUCUACAUGGACACAAUGAAGCGCCGUCGCGCUCGCGGCGAUGAUGGCCAGAAGGAUAUGAUGCAGCAUCUCAUGAACUCCACCUACAAGAACGGCACCAAGGUUCCCGAUCACGAAAUCGCCCACAUGAUGAUUGCCUUGUUGAUGGCCGGCCAGCACUCUUCUUCAUCCACCAGCUCCUGGAUCAUGUGCCGUCUCGCCUCCAGACCUGAUGUUAUGGAAGCUCUCUACCAGGAACAGAUCGACAACCUUGGCAAGGAUCUUCCCCCCCUCAAGUACGAGGAUCUCGCCAAGCUCCCUCUCAACCAGGCCAUCGUCAAGGAGACUCUCCGCCUCCACGCCCCUAUCCACUCCAUCAUGCGCGCCGUCAAAUCUCCCAUGCCCGUCCCCGGCACCAAGUAUGUCAUCCCUACCGACCACGUCCUCCUCGCCGCCCCCGGUGUUUCCGCGACCGACUCUCAGUACUUCCCCGAGCCCGACAAGUGGGAGCCCGCGCGCUGGCAGAAGGAUCACCCUCUGGCCCCUAGCAUGGUUCGCAAUGAGGAUGAGAUCAACGAGGAAGAGGAAGAGAAGAUCGAUUACGGCUAUGGUCUCGUCAGCAAGGGCUCCGCGUCUCCUUACCUUCCCUUCGGCGCCGGUAGACAUCGUUGCAUUGGCGAGCACUUUGCCAAUGUGCAGCUUCAGACUAUCACCGCUGAGAUUGUCCGCGCUUUCAAGUUCAGAAACGUGGAUGGCAGCGACAAGGUGAUUGGCACAGAUUAUGCCUCUCUCUUCUCGAGACCAUUGGAGCCCGCGAACAUUUACUGGGAGAGGAGGAAUUAGACUUAUGUGUUGUUGUUGUUGGAUGCGAUGAGUUGUUGUUUCGUGGCGUUUGGGGUCUGCGGUCGUCAUUGAUGAACCAAGUUAUAGUGAGUGCUUUCUUGGAACAAAAGGGAAAGCAUUUGCAUUGGGAGGAAGGGAAGGGAAAGCAAAAACACGGACACUGGGAAAGAUGGGAAGGG